AUGGAUUUUCUUCAUUCUGGGCUUGCUGAUGUUCAGCGUCACCUGGCUUUUGUUUCUGUAGAUCCUAUUAAUUGGAAAUUCUAUGUUCAAGUAUUUUCAUGGAGCGUGACGAUUUUCGAAUCGUAUUUGUUGCUGCGCCAGUAUCCUCUGUACUCUAAAACAUCCCCACCUGAGGCGCUUGCACCUCAUAUCAGCAAAGAGGACUUUGCAAAAUCCCAGAUAUAUGGCAAAGACAAAGCUCAGUUUGCGCUUUUUUCGAAGUUAUUCAGCCAAUGUGUCGACUCUGCAAUGCUGCAGUACGGAUUUUAUGCUUGGUGCUGGGGAGCUGCUGGGACCAUCUUGGGAAAGCUCGGUUACGGAACGGACUAUGAAAUUCUGCAGUCAAUCAUAUUCUCAUUCACGAUGUAUCUGCUUUCAUCUUUACCGACCCUUCCGUUGUCCGUGUAUUCAACCUUCGUGCUUGAAGAAAAACACGGGUUUAACAAAACGACACCGGCUCUUUUUGUCGGUGACCUAGUGAAAAGCUGGCUCAUCGCUUUCGCGCUGGGAGCACCUUUCUUGGCUGCCUUCUUAUACAUAUUCCAAUGGGCUGGCGACCGUUUUGUCCCCUGGUUAAUGGGUUUCAUGAUCUCCUUCCAGCUUCUCAUGGUCAUACUAUAUCCUACCGUCAUCCAACCCCUCUUCAACAAACUUACACCCUUGUCGGAUGGAGAGCUUCGCAGUCGUGUCGAAUCUCUGGCGGGAAAAUUACACUUCCCUCUCAAACAUUUGUAUGAGAUUGACGGUUCCAAACGCAGCUCGCACAGUAACGCCUACUUCUUCGGAUUACCUUGGAGUAAACACAUCGUCAUUUUCGAUACGCUUAUGCAACAAAGCAAGCCCGAGGAAGUUGAAGCUGUUCUGGCUCACGAACUUGGUCACUGGUACUAUUUGCAUCCGACAAAGAUGAUGGCCAUCUCCCAAUUCCAUAUUUUCACGAUCCUUGCUCUCUUUCCCGCUUUUCUUCAUGCACCUCCCUUACUUCGGUCAUUCGAUUUCCCUAAGCAUGUCGCCGCGAAACCACCUACUAUCGUUGCCUUUUUGUUAUUCCAGAUGAUACUCACUCCCCUGGAAGCUUUCAUUAGCAUUGGGAUGAACGCCGUCAGUCGACACUUUGAAUGGGAAGCGGACCGUUUCGCUUGCGAGCUUCAGGAUCAAUUGAAGGAAGAAAGCAUGAAGGAUAUGGGCGACCGACUUGGUCGGGCAUUAAUCACGCUUCAUGUGAAAAACUUGUCAACGGUCUGGGUGGACUGGUUAUAUUCAGCCUAUCACCAUUCUCAUCCUACACUGACUGAACGGCUGAAGGGUUUGGAGUCGUUCCAAGCUAAACGGGCUAAGAAAGAGUAA